AUGGAUGUACCAAGUAGAAAGAGAAAGAGAAAAGUGCCUCGGAUCUCCUUGAUAGAGACCGAGGGAGAUGCUUUCCCAUUAAGCCAAAACACAAUUACAAAAUCCGGAUUCAAAGAGUUAUUUACCUUUGCUAGCUGUGAGGUAGAACCAUCUGACCCGAACGAAAAUCAUCCAGAACUUGGGAAGCGUAUGAGGCAAGAGGAUACUGAAUCGCAAACUCAUUCAGAGGGAAAACGUAUCAAACGAACGGACACCGGAACAGAAGCCGAAUCUGGAACUUGGACCCAACUAACCCAGUGUGCCUUCUCUUUGGCUAAUCACGUUCCUUCCACUACUCCUACGGGUGUUUCUUCGCUAAUUCCCAUGCACUACAAAGCUCCUUUACCAUUACAGAGCGCCACACAAUGUUCCCCUCAGAACCAAAAUACUAUGUUGACCCAUGCUCCAGGUUCACGUAUUCUGAUCCUUCCCGGCCAUCUGCCUAACAGUACAAAGUUGCCUCUAAACAACCGUGAAGCCAAGGUCCCCGAUUACUACAAUAUGGACCGACCGUACCUUGCAUUUGAUAGUCUGUGCCGAGCAGCUUUGGAAAAUGAAAAAUUAAUGGCCAUCAAGUCAGCAGCCUUCGUUACCGACAUCGAUACGAUAUGGGGUCUCUUCGCCACUUUGAAAGGUGUAGGUACUCCUUAUGACAGCCUCAACCACAAGCAGAAACAAACUAAGGGGAUAUGCCUGGCGGUUCACGUAGUGAACGGUACCAUAUUUAUGAAGAUAGUCAACAGCCAUCAUGUCGAUGGCAAUCACCACUUCAAGGCCGCAACAUACCAUCUGAACAAAAAUGGUCCCCAAUGGUGCUGGAGUCCAUGUGUUAAUGAUGAGAGUAACAAAACAAAUGAGCUCAACAAUUUUAAGCGUAUCAUGUCAUACGAGUUUAGUGGUUUAACUAUGGUAGUUGAGGAUCCUUACCAGACACUCAUGGCUCCCCAUUGUUGCGGGGGAAUAUCUAAGCAGGAUUUGAAAGUUCAGGAUGCGGCCGUCAGUCACAGAGGAAUGAUAGUCUUUGCAAGCAAAAGGGAAAUACCCGCCAUGCCAUACCUGAAGAACAUCGGAUUAAUGUGCCGUUUGUGGCUGUCACAAAGUCGAAUGGCUAUGGUAUUCCCCUACGAAAUAUCUGGGAAGAAUGUUGUGUUCUUGGACCGUACUGAGCUAUUUGAUUCCGAGUCAGUAGUGGAAGACUCUGGCAACUCUAGGGAGGAUUUCGAGAAGAACUCUGGGCAGAAGUCAACACUCGAUAUUUGGUCAGAGCAGACAGACAUUUAGAAGACACUCAAGCUUCUCCACCGCCUCUUACAGCAUGUGAAGCAAAUGGCUGAGACCAUGCAGAGCCAGGGCGUCUACACGUUUGCCUUGAAGCAACUACGUAAGAGUGAUGUGGUACUAAGUGUUGAGACAAAGGAAAGCCGCUCCGCGCAUUUGGUG